AUGAACAGUGCUGAUGAUAAACCAUCUACGUACGUGGUUAGUGCCGUAGAGCUAGCCUCCCCACCUUUUUGGGAGAAUGACCCGUUGUUAUGGUUUACACAUUUAGAAUCCACUUUUUACGAUUGUAAAAUUUCAUCUGAUAAUUCUAAAUAUCAUCAGCUUAUGUCCCGGCUUCCGCAAAGCGUAUCCUCCCAAGUGAGGGACGUCAUAGCUUGCCCGCCCCCCGAUGCGAAAUAUGAUACUUUGAAGCAGGCGAUCAUUCAGCGAAUCACGCCCUAUGACAAGGUCCGACUUCAGCAACUGUUUAGGGAUCUGCAGCUAGGGGACAGGAUGCCUUCAGCCUUGUUGCGACAGAUGCAACAGCUCCUAGGCACAUCCAGCAUGGAUGAAGGUAUUCUCCACGAAAUGUGGAUGCAACGUCUCCCAGAAAGCACACAAGCCAUCCUUGCGGUUGCAAGCGCCCUGCCUCUCACAGCAGUUGCAGAACUAGCAGAUCGUGUCAUGGAACGGCAUCAGCCAGCGAACGAAUCUAGGACGUUCACUCGACUUAGCCCCGUCACAGCCCCGGCGACAUACGCGACUAGUGAGCCGUCGGCAAUCGACGCUUUAGCAUUGCAAAUAGCGUCAUUACAACGCCAAGUCGAGAAACUCAACCUAGAUCGGAAACUUCCACGCCGGCCCGUAAUGGCGACUAACGGUGUCGGCAAAGCUCAAAGUCGUCUCAUCUACGUUAGGGAUUAUGGCUCCGAUACCCAGUUCUUAGUUGAUACCGGGGCGGAAGUCAGCGUCAUUCCCCCUAUGCCAGGUGAGCCUACCACUUCUCUGUCGACAAGCCUCAGUGCCGCCAAUGGCACGCCAAUAGUCACCUAUGGUCAUUGGUCACUUACCCUGGACCUAGGUCUUCGGCGCACGUUCCGCUGGGUAUUCACUGUCGCUGCAGUCCCCUUUGCCAUCAUCGGCAUUGACUUUCUCAGGCAUUUCGACCUCUUGGUCGAUGCGAAACGCCAGAUGAUAGUCGACGCUGCAACAAAACUCAGCGUACGUGGCAGCACCGCCGAUGUGACAUCUAUAUCUCCGGUCUAUUCAUUUCCCCAGACCUCGUCAGCCUACGGUAAUCUCCUUUCUCAGUAUUCCAAGCUCGUUCAGCCGAUGAACGCAGCUUUGCCAGUGGCAGCUCAAGUCACGCACCACAUACGGACGAAUGGCCCACCUGUGUCAUGCCGUCCACGCCGACUAUCGCCUGAGAAACUAAAGGUAGCUAGGGCGGAGUUUGAGCACAUGCUUGAACUUGGAAUAAUCCGCCCUUCCGACAGCCCUUGGUCCUCGCCCCUGCAGAUGGUCCCCAAGAAAUCUGGUGACUGGCGCACUUGCGGUGAUUACCGCGCACUCAAUCGCCUAACCGUCCCAGAUAGGUAUCCCAUCCCACACAUGCAGGACCUUACCACAUGCCUCACAGAUAAGACGAUCUUCAGCAAGAUCGAUCUGGUUCGCGCUUAUCACCAGAUACCUGUGGAAGACAAUGACAUUCCUACAACAGCCGUCAUCACUCCUUUCGGUUUGUUUGAAUUUUUAAGAAUGCCAUUUGGACUGUGCAACGCCGCACAAACCUUCCAACGCUUCAUCCACGAUGUUACUCGUGGCCAAGACUUCGCAUAUGCCUACCUCGAUGAUAUCUUAGUAGCCAGUUCAUCGGAACAAGAGCACCUCGAGCACCUUCGAGCUCUCUUCCAGCGCUUGACCCAACGCGGUGUCACAGUCAACCCGACUAAGUGCGAACUCGGCAAAUCAACGGUAGAAUUCCUAGGCCACGUCGUUUCAUCGUCUGGUAUCGAAGUCCUUGACAAGAUCCAGGCAAUCAAGGACUUCCCAGCUCCGACUUCCUUCAAGCACCUUCGUCGAUUUUGUGGUUUGGUCAACUACUAUCGACGCUUCAUUCCGCGCUGCGCUCAGCUCAUGCAGCCACUGACUGAUUUACUCAGAGGAAAUGAACGUAAGUUCGCUUUCCCUGACACAGCACAGGCAGCCUUCGCCGAGCUUAAGGAUGCUAUCUCCAACAUAGCCCUCUUCGCUCAUUCCGAAUCGACUGCGCCCUUUUCUAUUACGACUGAUUCCUCGGACGUCGCGGGAGGAGCCGUCAUCCAACAACACGUUGGUGGGCAAUGA